CACCGGUCUGGUGCGGAGCGCACAAACCAACGUGUUUCUGUUUACCUCCGCUGUGUGAGCGGGUCCGCAGCGGGACACUGACUCGCGUGGCCGCUCAACACGGUGUUUAAAACGGUUUCUGGUUAAAUUUGACCGGCGGGCUGCGGUCCAGACUCGGCCCGGAACCAGGCCUGAUUCCGGGCCGCAGCUCCGGGAACAUCCCGCCUGUCAGCAUCCAGGGCGGGGAGUCCGGUCGGGGCUGCUAGCCUGGGAAACCCGUGAUCCAGACGAGACGUUUUUGUCCCAGCAGAGAUGCUGAAUGACCAGAUGGCUGCAGCCAUCUUGGCUGCGACGCUCUGCUUUGCUGCCAGCUGCGUCUGGGCGGCGGCCGACUGCUCGCCGUCCCCCACCGAGGCCUCCGGCGGCGCCCGGCUCCUGACCGCCGUGGUGGACGCUCAGAGGGCCGAGCGGGCCCGAAGGCAACACCUGGAGGCGCUGUUCCAUAGAUACGGAGAGAACGGCUCCAUCUCUCUGGACGGCCUGAAGCGUCUGCUGCAGAGCGUCGGCCUUGACCGGAUCCGGAACGUCAUGGUGAAGCACCGGGAAGAACCCGGCCACCACCAUCAGCACCAAACGCAUCAUCACCAUCACCAUCCGGGUCGGCACCCGGCUGCCGACCACAACAGAACCGAGGACCUGCAGCAAAACCAGCCCACUGUGUCUGCGGGUCGCGACGGCAGAACCGCAGACGGCAGAACCGCAGACGGCAGAACCGCAGACGGCAGAACCGCAGACGGCAGAACCGCAGACGGCAGAACCGCAGACGGCAGAACCGCAGACGGCGCCGGAUUGUUGGUGAAAACCCAAAAGAGAAGCUUGGCUGGAGAAGGAGGGACCACGGUCGUUAAAACCGAGCCAGCGGACCAGGAUCAUCUGCAGAACCGCAGCCUGGAGAAUGAAGAGUGCCUGAACGCCUCGGGCCUCCUCUUCUCACACGGGAUGUCCCAGGAAGGAGGCGUCGCCCUGGGAGACUUUGCCUUCCUGUGCCCCGCCCUCCUCCACCAGAUCGACAGCGGGGCGUGUCUCCUGCACGGCGACGCCUCCCGACACGAAGACGCAGGACAUAAACACCAUAAACAUUCACACGGUCACCAUGGAAACCACAGCGAGCCCAACGGCGGCGAAAACGGCAAACACAUCACAACAGCCUGGGUCGGCGGCUUCGUCUCCAUCACCGUCAUCAGCAUGCUGUCGCUGCUGGGCGUCCUGCUCAUCCCGCUCAUGAACAGAGUCUUCUUCAAGUUCCUGCUCAGCUUCCUGGUGGCGCUGGCCGUGGGAACGCUGAGCGGCGACGCCUUCCUGCACCUCAUUCCCCACUCUCAUGGGAACCACGACCACUACCAUCACCAUGACGACCACUACCAUCACCAUGACGACCACUACCAUCACCAUGACGACCACUACCAUCACCUGGGCGACCCCAACGACCUUCACCCUCACGGCGACGCCGAGGAGAACAUGGACGGCGUGUGGAAAGGCCUGACGGCUCUGGGCGGAGUCUACUUCAUGUUCCUGAUCGAACACUUCCUGACUCUGGGAAAAAUGUACAAAGACAAGAAGCAGAAGGUCCAGAAGAAGUGGGACCAGACGGACAAAUCGGACCCGGAGAAGCAGCCGGCUCUGGAGGAGAGUGGGCUGAAGCCAAGCGAAGACGUGGAGCCGAACGGCGCCGGAGCGUUCGGCGAGCUUCCCGGCGGCGUGUCGGAGGAGGAGCAGGUGAUGCUGGCGCCGCAGGUUUCCGUGGCGCCGCAGCAGACGUACGGCCGGCCCGACGGCGCCGGGUACUCGGCCGAGGACUGCGAGAACAAAUGCCACUCCCACUUCCACGACACGGUGGGGCAGGCGGACAGCCUGCACCACCAUCACCAUGACUACCACCACAUCCUGCACCACCACCACUCCCAGAACCACCACCCCCACAGCCACGCCCACAGCCACGCCCACUCCUACUCCGAGGAGCACUUCCAGCAGGCCGGCGUCGCCACGCUGGCCUGGAUGGUCAUCAUGGGCGACGGCCUGCACAACUUCAGCGACGGCCUCGCCAUUGGAGCCGCCUUCAGCGAGAGUCUGUCCAGCGGGCUGAGCACAUCGGUGGCCGUUUUCUGCCACGAGCUUCCACACGAGCUGGGUGACUUUGCGGUGCUGCUGAAGGCGGGCAUGACGGUUCGCCAGGCCAUCCUCUACAACGUUCUGUCGGCCAUGACGGCGUACCUCGGCUUGGUGACGGGGAUCCUGAUUGGCCACUACGCUGAAAACAUUUCCACCUGGAUCUUUGCCCUGACGGCCGGCCUCUUCAUGUACGUGGCGCUGGUGGACAUGGUGCCGGAGAUGCUGCACAACGACGCCGGCGACCACGGCUUCAGCCACUGGGGCUUCUUCCUGCUGCAGAACGCCGGCAUCCUGCUGGGCUUCUGCAUCAUGCUGCUCAUCGCACUGUUUGAGCACAAAAUCCAGCUGGACCUGGGGUUCUGACCCCGCUGCGCUGCAUCCUGCUUCAGUUUACGGCAGGAAGCCUGGAGGGAGCCUGGAGGAAUCCUGGAGGAAUCCUGGAGGGAGCCUGGAGGAAUCCAGGCCUGGAGUCGCUCAGCCGGGUUCACAGGUGGAAACCGUCUGGAGUUUCUUCUGAGUUUCUUUCACUAUGAACACAUUAAGUUUCUGUCUGAACUUCAUCUUUUGGGUCAAUUAGUUUAGUUUUUAAAUCAUUUUUAGGUUUUUCUCAGUGAAACCUGAUCAGUGUUAUAAAGGUACAACCGUCCAAACCACAGUUCCUGUUAAACCUGAUUCUGUAUAAACCUGACAGGAAGCAGAAGACGGGUCAUGAGUUACUUUUAGGUUUCUUUUUUUAAAUGAAUUCUUGUUUUUUCCACUGAUAUUUGUGGAGUUUUGUGUUCAUGUUGAAUUUGUUUCUCGUUAAAAUGACAUUUUUCCCAAACAGCUUUAGAAACUUCAGCUCUGAAAUGUUAAACAGGAAAUAAUCCCUGAAAUGAAAUGAUUGAUAGAAGCACCAACAGGCGGUGCGUUCAGGAACUGAAGGAGCUUUUAGACUCAGCAUGUUGGUCCUCUAAAUGAUUCGGCUGCUUUUAAAGCUCCGUUUUAUUAAAAUAAGUCCUGAAACUUCUGGACGGAACCGGAGAGAAAACGGAUCCAGUUACAGGAAAAGUCCUGAACCAAAGCUGUUAAAAUGCUUUUAUUUUGAAGGAAAGUUGCUGAUUUGGUUAAAAUCUUCAGGUUUUGGUUCUGGUUCCUGUUGGUUGAAUUUGUAGGUGAAAGUUUGAAUCCAGUUUGUUUCUGUUUCAUAUUUGGUUGUUUAUAAAUGAAUAUGGAUGUUGGUUAUGAAUCCAUCACCACUCCAGAGAUUUCUCCGUUUUCCCAAACAGCCAAACUUUUUCAUCCAAUCAGCAUCAAACUACUUUAUUAUGACCAGCAGCUAAAAGAGGCUUCAUGUUUGCUCUGCUCUCAUUGGAUGAUUUUUCUGCUUCAAGAAAAACGUCUUUAUUUAUUUUAUUUGUUAUAAAAUGUACAAACUGAUGUUACCUUCAUCGCUGUGUUUAGAGAAUCGUUGUAGAAAUGUUGUUCUGCUGACUGCAGGUCAGAAAAGCUUUAUGGUUUCGAUGGUAACAGAUUAAAGAUGGCAGCUCAUAGAAAGCAGGUUUUUCCUCCAAGUUUUAAUUUUUGUUAUGUUGUUAACAUAAAGCAGAAGAAACGGAUUGCUCUGAAGUUCAGGUCAAAGUUUCCUCUGUGGAUCCAUUAAUGUUACACUGUAAAUAUUUACUGUUAGGUUUAUGUAUCUGUGAUGUUUGUCUGCAUUAUGUUUCACUGACACAAACCCAACCUGCUGCAGAAACCUGGGAGAAAAAUGAAAAGGUUUGGGAAACAAUAGAAAAAUAAAAUCCAUUGAAGAUGAAAUCUCA